AAAAUGAAAAACGCCAUCAAUUAAAGUCUCGACUUGACAGAAACUAAAAAAAAAAAUCUAAUUUUGGCUGUAAUGGUUAUUUUUGUGGACCCAGUUCCAACGGAACCUACUUGCAGUGACCAUAUCUAAAUCUUUGAGAUUCAUCUAAAAUCAAUCGGGGGUGAAGAAAUAUAGUGCCUAAUCAAAACAUAUUCUUUAAUAACACAUUGGCGAUCUCUGGAAGACUUUUCCUAUUUUUUAAAAAGUCACUAGUUCAUGUUUUGAAAAAAAAACCUAUACAUUUCAUUAAAAUCUACUGAGUCGGUCUCUAACUAUCACUUCAAAAACAUUGAUUUGAGAAAAAAAAAGCAUUUGAAGUCUUACACGAACUUUUUAGACCGCCCAUGAACAUUUUGCUAAUUAUUAAAUAACUCGAAAAGUAUUUGUCGGAAUUACUCCAAAUUUCAGAGAAUAUUUGUAAAAUAUUAUAUAUGAAUGUCAAAACAGUUUUUUUUUUCUUGUAAAUUCUUACUACACCUAACUUGAACRAAAGUAUGGGGGCGCUAUUAUAAUGCCGCGCAGUGUAUUUAUACAUUCUUAUCGAAAUGAGAAUAUCUGUUAUACAUAAUCGAUGUUGAUGUAAAAUUAUCGACUUUAUAUUCUCAUCACUGAGCACACACAUAAUAAUCUACUGAUUGAUUAGUAAUUUUUUGUAUAAUAUUUAAAGCAGUUUUCUUCAAAAAAUGGAAAUGAUGCAAGGUGCCUCAUUAUUGUCGCGGCCCGCGGAGGAAUUCGGCAAUGAUGAGCUGGUUGAAGAAAUGUGGGCUUUAAAGGCAAUGGAUCACGCUGAAGUAUAUUUCAAUCUACUCACAAGCGUGCACCCUUCAUGUCUACACCUGACCCCAUAUGAUGACCAAAUAUACCAAGCAUUUCGAGAAGAUUUUCCUGAUCUAAAAUUAGAAGUGAUAACGGACGAUAUGCUGAAAUCAGAUGAUGCUAAAAUUCGUUGGCGCACUUUUGCGGAAAAAUUCAAUAAAUUAGAUGAUUACGCUUAUGGUACAUUAAUACGGUCCGAUUCAUCCAAAGAAUUUUCACCCGAAAAUUCGCUACUUGUUGUACGUAUACAGUUUUUAGCAAUCGAAAUUGCACGUAAUCGCGAGGGACUAAAUGAUGAAGUACAUCGUAAAUUUCGACCACCGCCACGAACUACGGUUGCGGAAGACUUGGUGCCGGGCGAAGUGCAAGAAACGUAGAUUUAAGGAAAAUAGAAAUACAACUAAUCAAUGGCAUAGAUACAUAUAUAAUAUAUAUAUAUAUUUUAUAUUUUCAUAAGUGGGAAAAAUAUACAAAACAAACUACAAUACAAAACUGUGCGUGUUGCAAAUCAUGUCCUGGCAUGUAAAACUUUAUUUGAUGAGGCAGCUUUAGGAAUUUUGGCAUGAAUUAUUGUCGCAGGCAACGGUGCAAUCAAUAUCCGAAGAAAUUGUUCAGAUCGAAGUACUAUAGCAUAUACAUAUAACUGUCAAUAGGAACUAAACGAUCAAAACAAGUUAAAGAUUUCACAAAAUAUGAUCGUUCCUUUUUAAGUAAUUUCUUUAUGAGUGUGAAUACUCCUGGAACUCACACUUGAGGAACGUAAGCAACCAGUAAUUAAAUACCAUACAGUUAUCGCCAUCAACUAUUAUUCCGAGUAUUUGAGGUUAUGGAGUGGAGCUCAUUGCGUUUAACUUAAAAUAUCAUUAUUUACUUUUCUAAAUUAAAAAGAAAAUAUUUUUUACACAUGAAAUAACUCAUUAUGCACGUUCAAUAAUAUUUUGUCCAAUUAUUUAUUAAUAUAUUCGUUAAGUUCGUCACAGUAGAACUCGAUUUCAAGGUAUUCUACAGCAUUUACCAACGUCCAUUACGCACUUUUUUGUUAUUAUUAUAUAUAAUAUAUUAUAUUAAUAAAUUCUUAAUUUAGUUGUCAACAUUUUAUUUCCAGCAAAGAACAAUGUUUUCAUCAAGUUUACAAAUACAUGCCUACAUACACAUACACAUUUGGUGCAUGCUUAUACAAAUACGUUUACGUACAUACAAUACAUAUGUAUAUUUAUUUAUUAAUUCAUUGAGAAAUGCAGUUUAACUAAAAUUAAAACAAAGUUACGUUUCACAAAAAAAAAAAAAUUAUAUUUUCGAAAAGCAAAUUCACGCUGAUUAACAACAAAUUGUAUAUUAAAAUUAGCUGGUAAUAAAUUAUUUGCUGACUACUCCGUUAUAUGUUUAUAUAUGUAUGUAUA